UACUGUCAAAACAAGAUGCAGUUAAAAAUAUAUAACUCGAUUCUAACAGCUGCUUGUUUUGCUUGCAGUGGGUACCUUUCCUGUAAUAUAUGGAGCUUGGAAACUACACAACUGUAACAGAAUUCAUUCUUUUGGGCUUAACAGAGGAUGCUACAGUCUGUGCCAUUUUAUUUGUUGUAUUUCUAGGAGUCUAUUCUGUCACUUUAUUGGGCAAUGUGUGCAUAAUCACAUUAAUCAGAAGCAGCCCUCAGCUUCACACCCCAAUGUACUUUUUCCUCAGCCAUUUGGCCUUCGUAGACAUUGGGUACUCUUCCUCAGUCACACCCAUCAUGCUCAGGGGCUUUAUCAGGAAAGAGACAUUAAUCCCUGUGUAUGGCUGUGUGGCCCAACUCUGUUUUGCUGUGACGUUUGGUACAACUGAGUCCUUCCUACUGGCUUCUAUGGCCUAUGACCGCUAUGUGGCCAUCUGCUCACCUCUGCUCUACUCCACCCAGAUGUCCUCCAGAGUCUGCAUUCUCCUAGUAGGGGCUUCCUACCUGGGUGGAUGUGUGAAUGCUUGGACAUUUACUGGAUGUUUAUUAAAUCUGUCCUUUUGUGGACCAAAUAAAAUUAAUCACUUUUUCUGUGACUAUUCACCACUUUUGAAGCUUUCUUGUUCUCAUGAUUUUUCCUCUGAAGUAAUUCCAGCGAUCUCUUCUGGCUCCAUCAUUGUGGUCACUUUGUUGACUAUUGCUCUGUCUUAUGUCUACAUCCUUGUCUCACUCCUGAAGAUGCGCUCCACUGAGGGCCGCCAGAAGGCCUUCUCCACCUGCACCUCCCACCUCACUGCAGUCACUCUGUUUUUUGGGACCCUCACAUUCAUUUAUGUGAUGCCCAAGUCAAGCUACUCCACUGACCAGAACAAAGUGGUAUCUGUUUUCUACAUAGUGGUGAUCCCCAUGUUGAACCCCCUCAUCUACAGUCUGAGAAACAAGGAUGUUAAAGAGGCCAUGAGAAAACUGAUGGCUAAGGCUGAUUGGUGGUCCUGA